CACUUGUCCGUUACUACUUCUUCUGAAACGAUACCAAUCCCCCCUUCAACUAAUAUAUUCAGUCUAUUGGUUUACACAACCCCUACGACUCAGAUCUCACCACAAUGAUCAACGCCGUCCUCGUUUUCAAUAAUAAUGGACAACCGCGUCUCACCAAGUUCUACACCCAAAUAGACACACAAACAAAACAAUCCCUCAUCGCACAGAUCUACGAACUGGUCGCGCAACGCCCGUCUACCGCUUGCAACUUCCUCCCUCUCCCGCCUAUCCUCGCCCGCGGCGCCAGCUCGAACACCAGCACCGGCCCCUCCGACGCCCCAACACAAAUCACCUACCGCACAUACGCCACGCUCUCCUUCAUCAUGAUCUCAACAGCCACAGAGUCCCCGUUGGCGCUGAUCGACCUCAUCCAGGUGUUCGUCGAAGCGUUGGACCGGAUCUUCGAGAACGUCUGCGAACUAGACCUUAUCUUCGGGUACGAGACCAUGCAUGCAGUUUUGAGCGAGAUGAUUGUGGGUGGGGUCGUGGUUGAGACGAACAUCGAUAAGAUUGUUGCGGGCCCUCCCAAGUCCGGAAAGAAGGCCGCUCCCCUCCCUUACCCCCAGGGCAAGGCUGGUGCUGGCAAGAAGGGCCCCAAGAACCCUCUCAUCGAGAGACGUCCCCGCAACUUCGGUAUUGGCCAGGACAUCCAGCCCAAGCGCAACCUGAGCCGCUUCGUUAAGUGGCCCGAGUAUGUCCGUCUGCAGCGCCAGAAGAAGGUCCUGAACCUCCGCCUCAAGGUUCCUCCUUCCAUCGCUCAGUUCCAGAGCACUCUGGACCGCAACACCGCUGCCCAGACCUUCAAGUUCCUCAACAAGUACCGCCCUGAGACCAAGGCCGAGAAGAAGGAGCGUCUCCUCGCCGAGGCUACCGCUGUUGCCGAGGGUAAGAAGAAGGAGGACGUCAGCAAGAAGCCCUACAACGUCAAGUACGGUCUCAACCACGUUGUUGGCCUUGUUGAGAACAAGAAGGCUUCUCUCGUCCUGAUCGCCCACGACGUUGACCCCAUUGAGCUGGUUGUUUUCCUUCCCGCUCUCUGCCGCAAGAUGGGUGUCCCCUAUGCCAUUGUCAAGGGCAAGGCUCGUCUCGGUACCGUCGUCCACAAGAAGACCGCUGCUGUCCUCGCUCUCACCGAGGUCCGCGCUGAGGACAAGGCCGAGUUCGCCAAGCUCCUCUCUGCCGUCAAGGAGGGUUACAGCGACAAGCACGAGGAGUCCCGCCGCCACUGGGGUGGUGGUAUCAUGGGUCCCAAGGCCGUCGCCCGCCAGGAGAAGAAGCGCAAGGCUGCUGAGGCUGCCAUCCGUGUCUAAGCUUAUCCUUUGUUUUUCGCUUACUACACACGAUGACGGGUUCUCCUUCCUAAACGACAAUGAUGACUUGGGGCUCC